ACACAAAGGCGCUCCAAGCCCCAGUCAUUUCCACAUCUACUGACCCACAUCUGCUCAUCUGCGGAUCUUCUCCUCUCCUCUCUGUCGGGAAUCAUCUCGCAAACUAGUCAUCAUGGUGUCCCAUAAGGAGUUUGAGGGUGCGGGGAAGCAGCCGGGGCUGCAGGUGUGGCGUAUUGAGAACAUGGACCUGAAGCCGGUUCCCAAAGGUCUGCAUGGCAACUUCUACACUGGAGACGCUUACCUGCUGCUCUUCACCACGCAAGCGCCCUCCCAUUACAUCCACAUGUGGAUAGGUGAUGAGUGUACGCAGGAUGAAAGUGGCGCGGCGGCCAUUUUUGCGACACAGCUGGACGACUUCCUGGGUGGCGGGCCGGUGCAGUUCAGGGAGACCCAGAACAACGAAUCCCUCACCUUUGUGGGAUACUUCAAAUCAGGCAUCAAGUACCAGAAAGGGGGCGUGGCAUCUGGUUUCCAGCAUGUAGUGACCAAUGACAUGAAUGUCAAGCGCCUCCUGCACAUCAAGGGACGGCGGGCCAUCCGGGCCACGGAGGUGGCCAUGUCCUGGGCCAGCUUCAACCAGGGAGACUGUUUCAUCGUUGACCUGGGAAAGGACAUCUACCAGUGGUGUGGCAGUGAGUGCAACCGCUUUGAGAGGCUGAAGGCUUCACAAGUUGCCAUCGACAUCAGAGACAACGAGAGGAACGGCAGAGCGAAGCUGCAGAUGGUGGAGGAAGGGGCUGAGCCACCAGCACUCACAGAGGCUCUGGGGCCCAAAACCAGCAUCGCCCCGGCUACCCCUGACGAUGACAAGGUGGACACCUCCAACAGGAAGAAGGGUGCCCUCUACAUGAUCUCUGAUGCGUCCGGUUCGAUGAAGUCCUCGGUUGUGGCCCAGUCCAGUCCUUUCAAACAGGCCAUGCUGUCUCCUGAGGAGUGCUACAUUCUGGACAACGGCGUGGACAGGAACAUCUUUGUAUGGAAAGGUCCCAAGGCCAACAUGACCGAGCGUAAAGCUGCCAUGGCUGCAGCUCAGCAGUUUAUCAAAGAGAAGGGAUACUCUGACAAGACGCAGAUCCAGGUGCUUCCCGCAGGGGGCGAGACCACUCUGUUUAAACAAUUCUUCAGCGACUGGAAGGACAAGGACCAGACAACUGGACCCAGCAAGGCCUACACCAUCGGCCGCAUCGCCAAAGUGGAGCAGGUGCCCUUUGAUGCCUCCACCCUCCACUCCAACAAGGCCAUGGCUGCUCAGCACGGCAUGGUGGACGACGGCAAGGGGAAGGUCCAGAUCUGGCGCGUUGAGAAUGGUGAGAAGGUGCCUGUGGAUCCCUCCUCCUACGGCCAGUUCUAUGGUGGAGACUGUUACCUCAUCCUGUACAGCUACAGGCUGGGAGGCCGCGAGCAGCACAUCAUAUACACCUGGCAGGGGCUGAAGUGCACCCAGGAUGAGCUGGCAGCUUCGGCCUUCCUGACUGUGAAGCUGGAUGACUCAAUGGGAGGCGCCCCAGUUCAGGUGAGAGUGACUCAGGGCCAGGAGCCACCCCACCUGAUGAGCCUGUUCCAGGGCAAACCCAUGAUGAUCCACAGCGGAGGGACGUCACGCAAAGGUGGACAGACGAAGGCCGGAGCCACUCGCCUCUUCCACAUCCGGCAGAGCUCUUCCCGUGCCACCCGGGCCGUGGAGGUGGAGCCCUCCGCUUCCAACCUGAACACCAACGACGUGUUUGUGCUCAAAUCCCCGGAUGCCCUGUUUGUGUGGCGAGGCGUGGGUGCCAGUGAUGAGGAGUUGGAGGCUGCCAAGCAUGUGGCGGGCUUCCUGGGUGGCAGCGCCAACAAUGUGGCAGAGGGCAAGGAGCCAGCUGGGUUCUGGUCUGUCCUGGGCGGUAAGAAGGACUACCAGACCUCCAAGAGUCUGCAGAACAUGGUCAAGCCUCCACGUCUGUUUGGCUGCUCCAACAAAACUGGAAGACUCAUCGUGGAGGAGGUGCCAGGAGACUUCACUCAGUCGGACUUGGCCACUGAUGACGUCAUGCUCCUGGAUACCUGGGACCAGAUCUUCAUUUGGGUUGGCAAUGAGGCUAAUGCAGAGGAAAGGACUGGAGCUCCCAAAAUAGCUAAAGAGUAUGUGGACUCAGACCCCUCUGGUCGCAGGGGGCUGCCCAUCUCCACCAUCAAACAGGGGGCAGAACCCCCAACGUUCACUGGCUGGUUCCAGGCAUGGGACGCCAACAUGUGGGACACAGACCCACUGGACAGAAUCCGUGCCCGUUUCUGAACACCAAACUCCAGGCCUUUGCUCCAAGUCUUACCCCAUACCUAUCCUGCACUUCCUUUUGCCAAUGUAUUUUUCCUCCUGAAUCCCUAAGUGCCAAAAUCCCUAUCUGGGACAGCUGUCUCUCUGCCAGGGUCACGGUGCAGUGCACUGAGCUUUAUGGAUAGGGGUUUCUCAUUAUCAGCAAUCUCAUUUUUUCCACUCCUGUUCUUUGUAGCAUGUCUUUUAUUGAGUGAAGUGGUUUAUUUCAUGUUGUAUCCAACAGUACACCACCUUCACACACACACACACACACACACACACACAUUCAGGCUCUAAUAAGUGAGAGGAGCACAGCAGCAUAGCAAAAUAGAAGGAAGCCAUUUUAGGCAGCUGGAGAAAUCCCCUAUUCCUCCCUGCUCUAAUUCACUGUGGCGCACUUGUGUUCAGGAGACACCACCAUGCUCUCCUUUGAAGUCGACAUCACGAGAGCCAUUUGUUGUUUUGCAGACACAUCUCACUCUGUUACUCCACUGUGUCUCAGUGCAUUGUGUUAUAUCGUUGGUACUAGAAUGUGAUAGUGCUACACUUUUGCGAAGUUGCAUGCAGCUUUUUUUUUUUUUUUUUUAAAACAUAAUAUUCUGUGCUUGUGAAUUUUAAGAGGCAUGUGUCAAAUGUGUUUUGGAAUGACUCCGAUAUGCUCAUAUGAAUACCUUUCAAAUAAAGUUUAAAAUUCCUAGUA